AAAUUAUUAUUUUCAGUACAUCAUCAACCACAUUUAAACCUAAUUUUGAAUUCCGCCCUUUCCCUUCUUCUUCGAACCCUAAUUUCUCUUUCUUUCUAUCUUCUAGGUCUCCAUUUUUUUUUUCUCAUUUUCACUCAUUUUCUUUUCUUCUUCUUGGAUCUCGUUGCUCGCCCAAUGGAGUUUGGUGGUGGACGUAAGAGAGGGAGGCCCGAGUCUGCCUUGAACGGCAAUGGCGGCUUUAAGAAAUCCAAGCAAGAAAUGGAGUCCUUUCCAACUGGUAUAGGAAGCAAAUCGAAGCCAUGCACAAAGUUUUUCAGCACUUCAGGGUGCCCAUUUGGUGAGAGCUGUCACUUUUUGCACUAUGUUCCCGGUGGCAUCAAAGCAGUAUCUCAGAUGUUGGGUAGCAACCCAACUAUCCCUGCAGCUGCCAGAAGUUCAGUAGUUCCACCAUCCUUCCCUGACGGCUCAUCUCCUCCAGCUGUGAAAACCCGCUUGUGCAACAAAUUCAACACCCCUGAAGGUUGCAAGUUUGGUGAUAAAUGCCAUUUUGCACAUGGUGAGUGGGAGCUUGGCAAGCCAACUGGUCCUGCUUAUGAAGAUCCUCGUGCCAUGGGAUCAAUGCCAGGAAGGAUGGUUGGCAGAAUGGAGCCUACCUCACAAGGUCUUGGUGCUGCAGCCAGCUUUGGAGCAUCUGCCACUGCCAAGAUCAGCAUUGAUGCAUCCCUUGCAGGAGCUAUUAUCGGUAAAAAUGGUGUGAACUCAAAGCAUAUUUGUCGUGUCACAGGAGCCAAGCUGUCUAUAAGGGAGAAUGAAUCAGAUCCUAGUUCAAGGAAUAUUGAGCUGGAGGGAACAUUUGAUCAGAUCAAACAAGCCAGUGCGAUGGUUCGUGAACUUAUUUUAAAUGUUGGUUCAGCCUCUGGAACUAGCAUGAAGAAUCCUGCUAUGAGUGGCUCUGGUUCAGCAAACAACUUUAAGACGAAGCUGUGUGAGAACUUUUCCAAAGGAUCCUGCACGUUUGGUGACAGGUGCCAUUUUGCGCAUGGAGCAGAAGAAUUGCGCAAACCAGGAAUGUGAAUUCCUCAUGUUUUUGUUGUCUUUCUCCUUUGUGUUGGGUAAAAACUAUUGCUGUAGCCAUUGGUUAAUUUGGUGGUACUUCUAUGAGGGUUUUGGGUUUUGCCGGAUGCAAAGGUAGGCUUUAGCUUGGAGUCCAAGAGUUUUCUAGGUUUUUGUUUUUCUUAUAUUUGAUGAUUUCUUCUGUAUACCUGUGGAAUGGAAACUUGGUGGCGUAUAUUGUUAUGAGUUGAUAACUCCUGGCAGCAGUAAGACUUAAUGAAUUUAAGAGAUUUAACAGAUUCUGCUUCUUGUGUGCCUUGAUUUUCAUCUGAACUUUAGGUUGAGGAAUAUUAUUGGUAGUCUUAUUUUAUCCAAAGGGAUAAGAAAAUGGGGAUGGUGAGGUUUGACUUGUCAGCUUAUAUAU